AUGAGUAGAGAUGGUAAUGGCGAUGUCCGAGAGUGCCUCAAGAAUCUGAUCCACGGCUCGACGCUGGAAUGGAGCCACGCUAUCUUGUGGCAACGCUUCCAUAACGAGCCGGUGCUGAAGUUCGUGGAGGGCUACUACAGAGGCACGGGAAAGCAGAAAGAAAUUCGUAUCCUGGGAUCGAGUGUUACCGUCACGGAACAAGUCAUCGACGCCGAGAGUGAGUGGUUCUUUAAAAUCUCCAUGUCCCAGUCCAUCGACCUCGAGGACUUACCUGGACACGCUUACAUCUAUUUGAAUCCGAUUUGGAUCGAUGGGUCCGCACUUGGGGAGUGGGGGAGGUGGGAGAGAAGCAAGUGGGGACAUGAUUUUGGUAUUCGAACGUUUUUUUGCAUUCGGUUGGAAGACGAAAGGGUGCUAGAGUUAGCCUCCACUCAUAUCAUACUUUUCAACCCUCUAAGGAUGUCACAAAUCAGACAAUUGAUUGAUCCCAUAGGGACACCUUGGAGUCGGUGCAGUAGACCUGAAGCGUUGUAUGAAAGAGGACAGAUGGAGAUUGAGAUUGAUGGGAACAAGAACUUGUCUAAACUAUCCCGAGGCAAAGAGAAGAUAAGUAAUUCAAAGCGCCCAUGGUCCUUGUUGACAGAAAGCUCUGAAAGAACAUUUUCAUGUUCACAUGACUACUCUGGCCCCUCGUGA